AUGAAGUUCCUUCCCGAUGUUGCGAUGUUCAGCGAGAUCCGCCAGAUGAAUAUUCGUCAGCUCUUUUACCAAUGCCUCAACUUUGCGAUGGUCGUCUCAUCGGCAUUGAUGAUCUGGAAGGGAAUGAUGGUAAUCACUGGAUCCGAUUCUCCAGUAGUUGUCGUUCUCUCCGGCUCAAUGGAGCCAGCAUUCUACCGUGGAGAUCUGCUUCUGUUGACCAAUGAUCUUGAGGAUCCAGUACGCGUCGGUGAUAUCACAGUUUUCAAGGUUGAAGGACGCGAAAUUCCAAUUGUGCACAGAGUUAUCAAGGUCCACGAGAAGUCAGCUGACAACACAAAGAUUCUAACAAAAGGAGACAAUAAUCAAGUCGAUGAUCGUGGCCUCUAUGCUCCUGGACAACUUUGGCUCAGCCGUACAGACGUCGUUGGCCGAACAAAGGGACUUCUUCCAUAUGUUGGAAUGGUGACAAUCAUUAUGAACGACUAUCCAAAGCUCAAAUACGCCGUACUCGCCUUCCUCGGUCUCUUCGUCCUGUUGCAUAAGGAAAACUAAUAUAUCAUUUUGCUUUUAAAUACCGGGAAUAUUAUCUCUAAUUUAUUUGUUUUCCGCACCUGUGACACUAGUCCAAUGAUUUAUUUAAAACUAUUUAUUUCUUCUUAAGCAUUUCUAUUUAACGCUUAUGAAUGAAAAAUUGGGUAUUUAA